GCCGCGCGGCUCCCCCGCCCCGCGCGUCCCCGCGACCGCCGGUCUCCCCCACCUCCCGCCCCCGCCCCUCGCCCCCCGCGACCGGCGCGCUCCCGCCCUUGGAGGAGGCGAGGCCCGGCGCAAACCGACGCGCGGGAGCGGUUCGGGAGGCGCGGAGGCUCGGCGCGGAGCAGCGCCGGCAGGGAGACGAUGCCUCGACUGCCCGGCCGCGCGGGGCUCCUCCUCGGCGUGGUGCUGCUGGCGGCGCUGCUGGCCGCGGGCCGGGCUCUCCCCCUGAGGAAGCCGCGGCCCCGGAGCCCCGCGAGGCUGGCGGAGGUCUCAGCCUCCCCAGAUCCCAGCUCUCCUAGGGAAGAGGAGAGGACCCCCCUGCUCCCCAGAACCCGCCUCCAGGCAGGGCCACGCCAACAUAGGCGCCGGGCUCUCAGUGAGCCAGCAGCCCUGAGCCUGGACAAGGCGUCCAUGCCAAGGACCCUGGAGGACACUCCUUUGCUGCUGGAGCUGCAGAAGCUGCCAGGAUUGGCCAACACAGACUUGACUGCCCCAAACCCCAAUAUCCAGGUGACCAUCGAGGUGGUGGAGGAUCCCCAGGCGGAGGUGGAGAUGGACCUAUUGGCUGAGCCCAGCAGUCGCUGGCCCCAGGGUGCCUCUAGCUGGCUGUCCGCCAAGGAGCUCUUCUGGCCCCUAUUCUGGAGCUACCUGGAGGGCGAGGAGGGGAGGACCAAUCUCAAGGGCAGAGCCCCAGGGGAAGAAGAGGAGGAGGAAGAAGUGGAGGAGGAGGAUUACCCUGCAGAGUAUAGUGAGAGUGAGGACCAGGAGGACAACGAGGAAGAAGAGGAGGAGGAGGAGGAGCCUGGGUUCAGUGGGGCCACAGGCAGCUGGGAGCAGGGCUGGCUGGCCCCUGGGGACUGGGCCUUCAAGGAGCCAGAUGGCUAUGACUAUGAGCUUCAAGAGGAGUGGAGCCCCUGGUCUCCCUGCAGUGGGAGCUGCGGCAGCGGCAGCCAGAGGAGGACUCGGCCCUGCGGCUACACCUGCACUGCCACCGAGUCCCGUGCCUGCGACCUGCCCCUUUGUCCUGGCACCGAGGACAAGGACCCCUUGGGCUUCCCCGGUGAGGGGUGGCCACCCCUGGCCCACAAUGCUACGGACAUGCUCAGCCCAGAUGUGGAUAGCUGUGAGAAGUGGCUGAACUGCAAGAGUGACUUCCUAGCCAAGUACCUGAGUCAGGUGCUGCAGGACCUGCCCAGCUGCCCAUGCGCGUACCCGCUGGAGGCCGUGUACAGCGCGGUGAGCCUGCAGGAUGAGCACCGGGGCCGAAGCUUCCAGUGGAGGGAUGCCAGCGGGCCUCGAGAGCACCUGGACGUGUACCAGCCCACGGCGCGCUUCUGCCUGCGCUCAUUGCUGUCCGUGGAGAGCAGCACCCUGGCCGCCCAGCACUGCUGCUACGAUGCGGGCAGCCGGCUGCUGACUCGGGGCAAGGGCGCCGGUGCGCCUGACCUCGUCAGCACCGACUUCUCGCCCGAGCUGCACUUCAAGGUGGACACGCUGCCCUGGAUCCUCUGUAAGGGGGACUGGAGCCGCUACCACGCUGUGCGGCCUCCCAACAAUGGCCGGGCCUGCGCCGACAACCCUCCCGAGGAGGAGUACCUGGCCCAGUUGCAGGAGGCCAAGCAGUACUAACCAGGGGGCUGCUGUUCUGGAGAAGAUUCCCCUGCACACCCCUCACCCUGCCUCUGCCCAGACCCCAUGAGGCCGGCCGGCCUGGUGCCGCGGGCCCUCUGCUUGUGAACCCAAGGCAGGUCAGCACCCCAGGUGUCGGUGUGGGGCUGGGGACAGGUCGAGGGGUGUACAGGGCCCAGGCUGAGGGAGGGAGCUCAGCCCCCAAGGUCUCUGGGUGAUGGGGAAGGGGGGAAGUGUGCGUCUGUGGGGGCUGCCCUCUCCUGCCCCCUGGGAGGUGCUGUCCCAGCCUGGCCACUCAUUUUCCUCUCUCUCCCUCUGAGCUGGGCUCUUCCACCCUGGCUGUGGGCACACGUCGUGAUUCCCAGGGCCUGUGGUGCCACAGCUGCAUUUUGUCAGGCUGACAGCCAGCCUAGCAGCCAGCCCUCUUUAUCUCUGGUUGGUUGUGGGAGGCCCUCUGGCCCCACCCCUGCUGGGAGCCACCACAGACCCACACCGGGGCCCUAACAGGUUCUCCUCAACUCCGAGCUGCUUUUCAGUGGACACUACUUUGGUUAGGGCUAAAGUCAACCCGUGGGGCCCAGCGUGGACAGACAGGCUGAGGUGGCCGAGACAGGGCCGGCUCCUGGCUGGGAAUGGGUCAACCAAUUCAGGUCCCUUUCUUUGUCCAGCAAUCUCUGCUCUGUCCAGGUUGUAGGGAUGUGCAGAACUGGAUGGCACUGCCCUGAAUGGACACAGCUGCCACGUCUGGGUGGGCUCAGAACAGCUCAGGAGGAUGUGCACCAUGGUGAGCUGGUACACCAGUUCUCGGCUCGGGGUUGGCGGCAGGGAAGCCCAGAUUUGGGCAGUUUCUGUGGUGUUUGUAAAGGCUCCCGCCAUGGCCCACUUGACGCUCCCGAGGUGAUGUCAUUGAACACACUGAGCUCAGAGCUGGGAAGAGAUGCACAUAAUCGGCUCACCUAGCAAACCUGGUGCUUCUUCCCUGCCCUCCUCACUCCCAAAAUCUUACUUCCUUGCCUUGUGUGGGGUUGAAGGGCUGAAGUCCCCACCAUCCUGCUCACAAAAUCUCCAAAAGGUGAAUGUCACUUAUACACA